AUGAAGCAGGUUAAUAGCGUCUGUCCGGGGUGUAGCGUUGGAUGCAACAUCACUGUUGACUAUAAGGAAGAUGGUCUUUAUCGAAUUCAGCCACGGUUCCACGAGGAUAUCAAUCAACACUGGAUGUGCGACGACGGACGGCUCGGCUACCAUUACGUCAACAGCGAAGAUCGGCUCAAGAUUCCGAUGAAGCGGAUAGAUGGCGAACUUGUCCCAACCUCAUGGGCAGAUGCGCUGAAUAUCAUUGUGGAGAAAUUCUCUGAAACCGAUCCGGAAUCUACCGUCGUCGUUGGCUCUGCACAAGGCACGAAUGAGGAGAACUACCUGCUGGGCAAACUGGCGCGUGAAGUCCUCAAAACGGAGUCGAUCGGGCUGUUUGGGCGCGAGCCGGGUGAGGAACACAAAUUCCCGCAAUUCACUAUUGAUGCCGACAAAAACCCGAACACGCGCGGUGCGCUGGAUAUGCUCAAGCUGGGAGAUGAUGCUUCCUUAACGGGGGACGCACUUUGGAAUGGAAUAGCAAACGCAAAGGUCGUGUACCUUGUGAAUGGGGCACCCGAACGUCCACUUGACGAGACAGCGAAGCAGGCGUUGGAAGCGGUCGAUUUUCUGGUUGUACAGGAUAUCUUUGAAUCCGAUGUAGCACAAUUGGCUGAUGUGGUCCUCCCAGGGGUCACCUUUGCGGAGAAGGAUGGCAGUUUCACCAACGCAAAGGGCUGGGUGCAACGGAUACAUCAGGCUGUCGAUCCCCCCGGCGAGGCGCGUGUUGAUUGGGAGAUUAUCCAACAAUUAGCCAAACGGUUGGGCGGUGAGAUAGAUUAUCACUUUGCCGGUGAGAUUGCGCUGGAGAUUGCGGAAAAUGUACCCGAUUAUCAAGAUGCUACGCACCAGAAGAUUGGGGAUGGUGGAGUUAAUCUCGCUAGCGAGAACAGUUGA